CUUUCCAGCAUCAUUAAGUGCUCUACUAAUGCUUUGAAGAUGCUUUCUCAUCAUUAGCCUGCCUUUGAGUGGUGUUGUACUCGUGUAGCGCACAUAUGCCAUGUCGACGUGCGUUCGGACACCCAGUCCACGCGGUCCCCGAAAAUCAAACCCGAGUCCCGUUCGAGAACGACCAAGUGGCUUCGAGGCAGUGCUGCUUGCUCUGAAGAGUUUGUCUUUGCUCUCCACUAUGCUGCCCUGCUCUCGCCAUCUUUUGCUGCACCCUUGUGCCUGCAAGGAUCCAGGCAAAAAGCCUCACCUUAUGGUAAACCUCCAUGCACACAAGCCAAGGGCUAGCCGUGGCGAUAUUUUCAAGUCUCAAAAAGAGACGUGUGAUUCUGUGCUAUACACUGUUGAGACAUCGAUUCAACGAUCAUAUUCAGACCAACUGAUUGCGUCGAGCCUUGAGAUUGCCAUCAACCACAAUCAUGCCGGCUUAUCACUGUUGAUGUACUCUCAGGGCUUCAACCAGAGAACCGUACGCCAAAGAGCGCGUGCGCCUUGUCGAGUUCAGUCGAUUGAAGCUACGUGCCGCUCGUGCACCAGGCUUCGACACGUGGCUCAGCGCCAGGUCUGAGAGACUGGUGAGCCCAUAAAAAGCUUCCAUCACCGAUGUCCGCGUUUCAGAUAGUAAGGUGAGGACACCGCGAAGUUCUGUUAAUCUGGUCAAGACUGUUCGUGAGCAAGGCACUGGCGAGAACAAUCAGCUCUCGGUCAGGCAGGGCUCAUCCGGACUUGACCUUUCCCCUG